GAGCUGAUAAAGAGAAAUAAAUCAGCGUCUCCACAGUGUAACGACCCGGAUGUCGUGUUUGUAUUACCCAGAGUGCGGUGCACCUUCCUUUCCGACGCUCGUCCUGCACAAUGGCACCACUUAAGAAAGGAGGAGAGAAAAAGAAGGGGCGCUCUGCCAUCAACGAGGUGGUGACCAGGGAGUACACCAUCAACAUCCACAAACGCAUCCAUGGCAUCUCUUUCAAGAAGAGAGCACCUCGCGCCAUUAAAGAAAUCCGCAAGUUUGCCGUGAAGGAGAUGGGCACCCCUGACGUCCGCAUCGAUACACGUCUGAACAAGGCAGUGUGGGCCAAAGGAGUCAGGAACGUCCCGUACCGCAUGCGUGUGCGUCUCUCCAGGAAACGCAAUGAAGACGAAGAUUCCCCCAACAAACUGUACACCCUCGUCACAUACGUUCCCGUCACCACAUACAAAGGUCUCCAGACCGUCAAUGUGGAUGAAAACUAAUGUUCUUUUCAUGGAUGUUGGAAUAAAUUUAUAAAAGGAU